GCAGCCACUGAAGAAGCGCAGAGUCCGUUACCGGAGUUGUUUACGUGUCUUCAUUAGUUCUCGUUCUCGGGUUAAAGGAGUUAAAUGAAAAGUCUCUGCGCGUUUUUCGGCCUUAUAGCCAGUAUAGUCACUUCUCGCUCUUCUGGGAAAAGUUACUACAGUAUUUUCUAAGUGAAAACAGUUGCUGGUUUGGCACGUAACCUAGCUAGUUAGAUCGGUAAGCUAGGUUAGCUAUAGCUGGUUAGCGAUGCUGACUAGUCACACAGACUCUGUUUAGCAGCCUUAAUUGUAAAAAGGUUGGUUUGAUGUUCCUCAUUGUUGAUAUUACGUUAAAAUAAUAUAUAACACGCUCGAUUAGUUGUAAAGUAGCUUGUGACGAAGCUGAAGUCAGCGUCUUAUUCGCCAGUUGCUUGUUCGAAUUUUCCCGUUCCACCUUAAAUAGUGCAGCAGUUAUAUUCCAGCACUUUCAGGUGCCGUUUAAGGUGGAAAGGGAAAAUCUGGACCUGAAGACAACUAACCUCGUUAGCUUGUGCUAGUCUGUAAGUUGGCUAGCUUGCUGUGGGACGGAAUGCUCCUCUUGACUAAAUUGUGUGACCUUCCAGAAGUUUCGAGUCCAUAACUUCGGUUUCCAUCCACAUAAAAAAUGGACUCAAGUGGUGGGAAGCCCUCCACAGCCCAGAUUGUGCUUUUGGCCACCAGUUCAGCCCUCACUGCUCUCCUUUAUUCUAUCUACAAGAAGAAGGCAGGACAUGUUACUAGGCUAAAAGAAGCCCAGAAAAUAUCAUUAGAUCAAGAUCUGAAAAGCAUUCUGGCUGAAGCUCCAGGAAAAUGCAUCCCAUAUGCUGUUAUUGAAGGAGUGGUGCGGUCUGUGAAAGAAACUUUGAACAGCCAGUUUGUAGACAACUGCAAAGGAGUCAUUGAGAGACUCACACUGAAAGAAAAAAAGAUGGUCUGGAAUCGAACAACUCAUCUCUGGAAUGACUGUGAAAAGGUUAUCCACCAGCGCACCAACACUGUGCCUUUUGACCUGGCCUCCCACGAUGACAGUGUCACAACGACCGUGCGCGUUGUCCGUCCACUGGACGCAGCUGAGCUAGACCUGGAGACAACCUACGAGAAAUUCCACCCAACCGUGCAGUCCUUGAGCAAUGUCAUUGGCCACUUCAUCAGCGGCGAACGGCCACAGGGCAUCAGGGAGACGGAGGAGAUGCUGCGGCUGGGGGCCAGCAUGACAGGUGUGGGCGAGCUGGUGCUGGACAGCAACCUGGUGCGGCUGCAGCCCCCCAAGCAGGGUUUGCGGUACUUCUUGAGCCGACUGGACUAUGAAACACUGCUGGGGAAGCAGGAGGGCAGCCUGCGACUGUGGAAGGCUCUCACGCUGCUCGUGGGGCUGGCGGCCUGUGCCACGCUGCUCUACAUGCUGUGGAGGCACUACAUCUGGCGGAAGGAGCGAAGGAAGGAACGCAGUGUGCUGGAAGAGUUUAAGGAGCAGCAGAAGAGGCGUGUGCGGGAGUUGAACCUGGACGAGGCGGCCAUAUCCCCGAGCGCCUGCACCAUCUGCCUAAGCCGAGAGAAGUCUUGCGUCUUCCUCGAGUGUGGUCAUGUUUGCUCUUGUGACCAGUGCUAUCGUACGCUGCCCAAGCCGAAGAAGUGUCCCAUAUGCAGAGCUAGCAUAGAUAGGAUCGUGCCUUUGUACAACAGCUAAUAGCCUCUCGAUCAAAAUAGAUCUAGUAGCACUUAUUAAAGCUGCACAAGAUAUCGUUAAUCAUUGAUCAGUGAUUGUUAAUAGUCAUAACAUUGACCUUUACCGUACUGAUUCGGCAGGAGGCUAGAAUAUGCAAAAUUAACCAUCCAACAAAUUACAAAUGAGUUCAUGAGGGUUUUCUGACGAAUCAAGGGAAUCACAAUAUCCAACGACGAAAUCAUUUUAAAAUAUUUAAUCUUAGCGGCUCGUAGCACACAAAAACAAAUCUUUCUAAAGAUGAUUAGAGGGCUUGUUUGCAUAUUGUACCCUUCUGCAGUGUAAAGGCCAAUAAUAAUUAAACGAUGUAUUGUGCAGCUCUAGCAAAUACAUUAAAAGUAGAAUAACAGCAUGCAGCUCAGUGGUUCCCACAGAGUAGCCCUGCUCUGCAUAGUUAAGUGUUUUUCGGCUCUAAAUGCCAAAGAAAACCGACCAAACUUUCUGCUACAAACACAUUCUUUACAGUAUAAAGAUAAAGAACUGACGAGCCAAAUGAAUGGUGAGUGCCAGAGUGAAUAGACCUCUGAAUUCAUGUCUCCAUUUAGUUUUCGGUGUCAAGCCUAUGAAAGAAAAUCUGGUUCUAAGCAGGUUCCCUCUAUGGAAAAAAUAAAUGCCAUACCCUACUUUCGUGCCUGAUGUAAACAAAUGUUCCAUAGCCGAUAUUGAUCUUUGAUCCCCAAAUGUCAGCGGCUCGUCUGAAUGGAAAGGAGUCAAAUAUGAACCUGCCACAUCUACAGCCUGCUAGUAAACUUCAACACCAGCUACCCAAACUGUAGCCCACCACUGCCAAAGCAGCUUAACUACUACAUGUCAAAGCCUGCAGGCUUUUAUUUUAUGAUGCUGCCAGUGUUACGAUAUCAGUUCAGUGUGCAGCAGCGUCAGCUUGCAGGCAGCAAGAUAAAGGACCUCAGAAUUCAGAGGGAAAAUGUCUGCACAGCAAAACAUCUGGUUUUUGAGUACUUUUGUUAAUCAGGGUGUGAUGGUGGCGAUUUUUGAAACAUAGAUUUUCCCCAUAGAGAAGAACUGCUUAGACCUAGUACAGGCAUGAUUCUGACUUCAGAUGGAUAUGCGGAGAGAACGUUAUAGAACAGUGUGAAUGGUGGAGAACAUUCUAGAUUGUCCUGACACUCAACCACCGCUAAGGCACUGACCAAAACGUUCUUGUGUUUGCUUGAUUGAGGUGCUCUAGGCUUAAAACAGCCGCUUUAAAACCAGAAGGGUUUUUGUUUAGCUGAUCAAUUGGAGCAGGGAAAACACCAGAGUACACAGCACAGGGCUACUACAGGACCAGAGUUGGGAACCACUGCUGAAGCCUAUUUUUGUGUGAACACACUGCUGAAAAUGAUUCAUCAUCUGUUCAUGGGCAUCACAAAGUUCUUUGACCUCACGGUUAAAGGAGAGUUCCAAUUUUGCGGAAUUUCAGUAAUUCACUUGUUGCGAUGUUAAGUCAUUCAGAAUGGUGUGCUGUGAAAUGUUGCCUUAUAGUUAUCUGAUCCAUACUAAGUAAAAUGUCACGUUUUCUAUACUUAAAAAAAGAAAAAAAAUUAGAUUCUGUAAUUUAUUUAAGGCAGUACUAUUUUAGCAUGAAAACAAUUUGCACCAAAAUAGCUGAGGUAGGUGAGAUGGGUAAACUCAGGGUUGUACCAAGGAGAAGUUCAGAGUGUUUUGAUGUGAAAUGGUUCAUUGUAGACGAAACGGACUUGGUGAUGGGAACCAGGGAUUGUGAAGCCUAAAACACAAAUUUAGUCAUUUUAUUUACAAUCCAAAACAACUAGUGAACCUGCACGUCUUUUUUGAGUAACAACACUUUGCAUGUACCUCUGUGCAACGAGUAAAUAAAGGUUUAGACCAAAACCUUUUCAAAAUGCAUAUUCUUAACCGUUUCAUGCAGCAGCUUUCUGUGAGGGAGCUUAUAGUGACAUUGAAACACUUUAGACGUCUGGUUCCUAUCAAGAUCACGAAAGAACAAUUCUGACGCACAGUUCGCAUCACUCUAAACGGCGCCAAGUUUUGGGCAGAGUUUCUGAAAAAUCAGUGGAAUUCACCUUUAACAUGUAUAAAGAGGGUCUUAACCGAAUGGAGUCCUCAGUAAAUAAAGAUGCAAAAAUCUUGGUUAAGCAGGGGCAUUAAAAUGUGUGCGGCUGAUGUAAUCAUCAGAUGUGCCUUCCCAAAUAUUCUUUAUAUUUAUGGUUUCAAGAUAUGUAAUAUAAAAGUGAACAUAAUUGUGGAGCACAUGAUGAGACAUUAAAUGAAUGUAUCUUUGUAUGGAGCAGGUUUACUAUAUGCGCAAUAUAAAUUCAUCAUUAUUUAUCCUCUUUAAAUAGAUGUUUGUAUGCAUUUCUUGGAAGAAACGGGGAAGUAUUUAUCACAUUUUUCAUGAAAAGGUUCAAUAGAGUUUAUUUCCCCUCAUGAUAUACUGUAAUGUAUCUGAUCAGUGCUAAGUGUACUCUUUUUGGAACCAAAAGAGUAAAGACUUGUAUUCUGGAUGUGCUGUCAGUCUUAUGAGGUAGUACAGCAUUAAAGGAGCUUCAACAGGCCUAAAAUAUGCACCAAAAUAAGUUCUGUGUUGUACAUGGAGAAACUGCCACUGUCUAAAGAUGAUAUUGAGCAUUAUUCAACAAAUAAAAUGGCCUUUUGAUAAAACAGA